UAAGUUAAAAUGACGUAAAAAAACGCAGAGUGAACGCUCAUAUGAUACACUACGCUUAACAUGCGAUGUGUCAAAUUGACACACGUUCGCUAACAUGCUGUUUCAUACCAUUUGUUUAACGGCAUACUGAUUCACGUGUUUCAGUCGACCAUGGAUUACACUUUCGGCAACUUGACUCUGCGUGAUACACCUUCCCCAGAAACAUGCAUUCCAUUUCCUCGGAACAAUAGAACAAUCAUUACAGAUGUUUAUGCAGGGAUACCUGAGAACUUGUUACUUAAUGUAAUAGGAUUUCUGCUUUUAGUUAUUUUAUUUGGCCUAUUACGUAAGAAGGCGUGGAACUAUGGACGUCUUGCAUUAUUGCACAAGUCCGAUAACAGAUGGAUGGAGCUGUUCUAUGGUGUUAAUGAGAACAGAGACACUGAUCCUUUGUGCAUAGAGGCUUCUAUUGAUUCUCAAGUCUUUCAAUUGGAUAAAGGAUUUCUGUCAUGGAUUGUCACUGCUUUUAAGAUUACUGACAAUGAAUUGUUACAACGUGCCGGCCCUGAUGGGCUAUUAUAUAUUUUGUUUGAGCGUUGCUUAAUCAUAUUGACCAGUAUGAUGGUAAUCGUGUCACUAUGUAUAGCUUUACCGAUCAAUUUUCACGGAAAUAUGCAAGGAGAUAGUGCGACAUUUAGUCAUACAACAUUAUCAAAUCUGGAGCCUACUUCUUCUUGGAUUUGGGUACAUACAAUAUUAAUUUUAUCUUAUCUGCCAGUUGGUGGAUUUAUCAUGAGACGCUGUUUGAAACAGGUACGAGAUACCAGACCUACUGGUGAACUAGCAGCAAGAACAUUAUUAAUUACAGAUAUACCAAAACACCAAUGUACUAUUGAAAAUCUCACCGAGUAUUUCAAAGAAGCAUUUCCUACUUUGACAGUGGAAGAUAUUACUUUGGCUCAUGAUAUAAGACGUCUUUCAAAAUUGGAUGCUGAAAGAGAUUGUGUGGAGCAAGCGCGCUUAUAUUGCGAGAGUUAUGCUAAAAAAAGAGAACCUUUGAAGAUGUAUCCUCAUCCAUGCGGUCAAGUCCUUGGGCAUUGUUGCAAAAAACAAGUAGAUGCUCAAGAAUUCUACACCAAUGAAGAAAUACGGCUAACGGCGUUAGUUGAGGAAGAAAAAAAUGUGGCACUCAGUAAACCUCUUGGAGUAGCUUUUGUUACUUUAGGGACACCUGGUGCAGCCAAAACUAUGCGAAAACAGCUAAGAUCUUCACCGUCUAUAAAAUGGAUCGUAGAUUACGCACCAACACCGUCAGAUAUAUUUUGGGAAAAUUUGAGUAUUCCCAGACCAUGCUGGUACCUAAAUGCUGUAUUAAUAAAUUUCUCCUUGGGGCUUGUAUUAUUUUUCCUUACUACACCGGCUGUCAUAGUGACAGCUGUUAACAAAUUACCAAUAACUGGGGAAAUUAAGAACCUGAGUCCAGUACUUUCGUCCUUUUUACCUACCGUACUAUUAGUGAGUGUAUCUGCACUAAUGCCUGUACUAGUUGCAAGAAGUGAAUCGCUCGUUAGGCAUUGGACUAGAAGCAGUUUAAAUCGUGCUGUAAUGAGAAAAACGUUACUUCUCCUGCUGCUAAUGGUGCUUAUAUUACCUAGUUUAGGAUUAACUAGUGCCCAAGCGUUUUUAGAUUGGACAGUAAAUGCUCGGAACAACACAGCAAGAUGGGAAUGCGUAUUUUUGCCAGAUCAGGGUGCACUUUUUGUAAAUUACGUUAUAACAGCGGCCUUACUCGGAAGCGGAUUGGAAUUGGUCAGAUUUCCGGAACUUGCGUUGUACACCUUCAGACUGUGUAUAGCUCGUAGUAGGGCGGAAAGGAUACAUGUUAGGAAAGCGGUGUUGUGGGAAUUUCCACUGGGAGCCCAUUACGCGUGGCUACUAUUAGUCUUCACUAUGACGACCGUGUACAGCUUAGCGUGUCCUCUAAUUACUCCUUUUGGCUUGCUAUAUCUCGUAGUUAAACAUUUGGUGGACAGGCAUAAUUUAUGCUUUGCUUAUGGACCAAGCAUCGGUGGUGGUCAAUUGGCGGGAGCGGCGGUCGGUGCUGCAGGAGCUGCACCUGUUUUAGCGCAAGCUGCUCUUUUAGCCAUAGGCCUAGUAAGAAGAGGUCUAUCUCCAUUAGCUGCAGUGCAACUCAGUGGUCUUGCUGCGAGUAUUUUGGGUCUGGUAACUGGUGCUGCGUUACCGUUUUCAAAAUCUAAGGCACAAGCACCGAAGAGGGAUCUUUCGACAGGCCAAAAUUUCGUCGCACCAGUAUUGCGAAAGAAUCAGUCGUCUGUGGAGGAAACUAUAUCGACUGCUUCAGAUUCAAACUUACCAAGCCCAAGAAGCACAACUUCCACCUUACAAGAAAGCCCAAAGCUUUACCAAAACUAUGGCAGUGAGCAAAGAGUUUAAUAACUGCGUUUAUAAAUACUUUGAUAUUCGAAUAUAAAAUGUUUCUCAAAUUUGUUUAAAAAUUUGUUCUAAUGAUUAAUAUUAGGCAAUUGUGCAAUUUGUAGAAAUUAUAGCAAUAAUGUACAUUUUAAAUGUUUCUUACACGAAAUUAUUAUAUGUUUCGUAAAGCAAAUUAGUGCAAUUAAUUUAAGAUGAAAGUCGCAAAGAAUGCUAUUUCGAAUUACUCUAUACUUAAUACCCUCUAAUUAAUUAUAAAGAUCUUCACUUUCUUCACGCAAUAUGCUUGACAGUUUGUGAUAAGAGUAUGAGAAUUAUUAUAUUUAACGUAUUUCUUGAUACUUAUAAAAACUGUUAGAUAUUAAGAAAAUAUAAAGCCUUAUUAACAAUAUAUUUCACGUUACUUAAGGAAUCUCAUUUACAAAUGAGCAGAAUAGAUAGAUCUACUUUAUCGUUUCAAAUUUGUUGGCAUGAGAGGGUAAAACGUCUAUUAAGUACAUUUAUUACAUUUCAAUAUUAUAACUUUGUAUCAUAGUAGCGUUAACAUAUAAUAUUGCUAUGUAAUAAUAUUAGCUAAGCUAAGCUCACACUAUUGUACACAUUUUACAUGAAAAUAAUUCUUAAUUAACUAAGUAUGGGUUGAUAUUUUUUGUUUUCACUUAAAUACUGAUAUUGAUAUUUUUUACAAAUAUCUGCAAAAAAUAAUAUGUAUCUUUGUAAUAAUAUGUACAUAUCACAUUUAUUCUUCAAAUUGACAUAAAUAAUAAUUUGGUAAAUCGACUCUCUUUAAUCCUAGGAUGCAUAAAGAGAGAGAGAGAGCACUGAGAUCCUGUAAUAUAUAUUUAUUUCCACGUUUUUAUAUUUAUAUUUUUAAUUGAACUCAGAUGGUCUUCAGUAUAAUUUUAAACCAUCACCCUGUAAUAUCCGUAUUAUAUAAGUCGAAAUGAUUUUAUUUUUAUUUCAAUAUUUGCAGGUUUUUAUCAGAAAUAAUUGCUUCCUAGGGUUAAAUCAGAUCGCGUUACAAUUAUCGCAGCAUUUAAAAUGUGGAUGUAAGCAGGAUGUUUUACUUUGUUUCAUCACAAGAUGAGAAAAUGCACUAUGUAAUUUUAUGUAAUUUUUAUCCUGUUUAUACCUGGAAGUACUUUACGAUUACAUGUAUAUGUUUACAUAAUAAAAUUUUCGGCAUUAACAUA